GCUUCAUUUCCUUUUUGUUUUCUCUCUAACAGUCGUCUUACCUGGUUAGAGAGAGAUGGAAGUGUAUCCCGAAGAACUGCGAACACCGCCGGUGGCCCUGGCGGCGCUCGUCGGAUGCCCGGAGCUUCACGCUGACGUUACAAAGCAUCUCCACUCGGAGCAGCCACCAAUUAAUACCUUAGCCUUGCCUGAUUUCUCAAAGAUCGCCGUAAUCGCCAAGGCUCAGAAAGGAGAUAGCUCUUCUUCGGAUCAAUCCUCCGGCAUUUUGAAGAGAGAUUGGCUCCAAAAGCAUCGCACUCAUAUUCCGGCAGUUGUCGCCGCAUUCUUCACCUCAGAUCAAGUCUCUGGCGAUCCCACUCAGUGGCUACAGGUCUGCACCGAUCUCGACAGCCUCAAAGCCGUGCUUCGUGAAAGAAAUAUAAAGUUGGUUAUUGUUGUGGUUGUGUCCUCUACUUCCAACGCUGACCUAAGUGAAGAUCACAUGACUGCCUUAAAAAAGCGUGCAGAGAUAGACUCCAAACACAUUAUUAUUUUUGCCCUGAACAAUAAUUUGGAAAUGAAAGAAUCACUCAACAGGCUAGGGAGCAUAUUUGCAGAAUUAGCCAAUACUUAUUACAGGGAUGAAGGAAGAAAGGUUAAGACACGUCUCGAAAGGAAGAGUCUAAGUUCGGUAGAGCUAAGUAUUCGCUAUUGCUUUAAGGUUGCAGUGUACGCAGAGUUCAGGAGAGACUGGCCUGAAGCAUUGAGAAUGUAUGAGGAUGCCUAUCAAACACUGCGAGAGAUGAUUGGAACAACAACCAAAUCACCUGCAAUUCAGUGGCUGAUUGAGAUAAAAACAGUCGCAGAGCAAUUGCAUUUUAAGGUAUCAACCUUGUUGCUGCAUGGUGGGAAACUUACAGAAGCUAUUACAUGGUUCCGUCAGCAUCAUGCUUCCUAUAAGAAGCUUGUGGGAGCUCCUGAAGUUAGUUUUCUUCAUUGGGAAUGGUUGAGCAGACAGUUCUUGGUCUUUGCAGAGUUACUAGAGACAAGCUUGUCUUACACCCAAAGCAUUUCAUCUCCUGUUCCAGGCACAAAGGAUAGAUUGACUGAGUUGGAAUACCGUUCAUCUUAUUACUAUCAAUUAGCUGCUCACUACCUGAAAGAGAAGAAGUCUUGUUCGGAAAUCGCUCUCUCUAUGAUGGAGACAACCAACAAAAGUGACAAUGAUGUAGAUUCUAUCGUACCUUCUAUAUACAUUGGUCAAUAUGCUCGGGUAACUGAAGAAGGAGAGACAUGCAGUGUAAAAAGGGUUACGGAUGAAGACUAUGUCCGUUAUGCUCUAGUUGAAGAGAAGAGAUCCCAGGACUUCUCUCUGAUUGUUGUACUUCUUAAAAGAUGCUUUGAAGCAUAUAAUGACUUAAAAGCCCCCAGAAUGGCCUCUUAUUGUGGAUUUGAGAUGGCCAGAGAAUAUGCCGCUACAGGUGAGUUUCAAAGUGCAAAAGAACUUCUUGAUAGUGUUGCCAGUCUUUACAGAAAAGAAGGCUGGGUUAUUCUAUUAUGGGAUGUUUUGGGUUAUCUGCGGGAGUGCUCGAUGAAAUUGGGAUCGGCAAAAGAUUUUGUGGAGUACUCACUCGAAAUGGCUGCUUUGCCCGUUUCAUCCUCUAGUGGAGUCCAACCGUUGAGUUUUAAUAGUUGUGUUUUUGCUGGCCCUCCAAGUCUUUCACAAAGAGAGAUGAUUCAAAAGGAAGUAUUUAAACUUGUUAGAGGAGAAUCGGGUGAAGACAAUAACUGCCUUAAAAUUACUGACACUCAACCACUUCACCUUGUGAUUGAUCUGGUCAGUCCCCUUAGGGCGGUACUUCUUGCAUCAGUCGCUUUCCACGAACAGCUAGUCAAACCUGGCGCACCUACUCCUAUGACAAUUUCACUAUUGUCUCAAUUGCCACUUACCAUGGAGAUUGAUCAAUUGGAUAUUCAAUUUAAUCAAGUGGCCUGUAAUUUUUCUGUCAUAAAUGGUCAGAGAUCUAAACAUCCGAUAUUGGAGAGUCAUCCUAAUCUCAGAAUUGAGACUGCUCCUAGUUUGACACUUUCAACAAACAAAUGGCUUCGGUUGACCUAUGAUAUCACAUCUGAGCUUGGUGGCAAACUAGAGUGUGUGUCCAUAAUUGCAAGGAAUGGACCUAAUUUCACAAUAUGUUGCAUAGCCGAAAGCCCAGCAUCAAUGAGCGAAUUACCCCUUUGGAAAUUCGAAGAUCGAGUCGAAAGUUCUCCAAUAAAGGACCCUUCCGUUUCUUUCUCCGGUCAAAAAGCAAUUCAGGUUGAAGAACCCGAUCCACUCGUGGAUCUCAAACUAGGUGUUUCCGGGCCUGCAUUAGUUGGAGAACGUUUCAUCAUCCCUGUAACUAUCUCAUCCAAAGGCCAUCCAGUUUUCUCUGGCGAGCUCAAGAUUAAUUUAGUCGAUGUAAGAGGCGGCGGGUUGUUCAGUCCGAGAGAUGUCGAACCGUCUUCUAUGGACAAUCUUCAUGUCGAGCUACUCGGUGUAUCCGGAUUAUUUGAAAACGAGGAUAAUAAUAAAUCGGACGAUAACAUUGAGAAAAUUCAGCCCACGUUUGGAUUAAUCUCCGUCCCGGUUUUGAAAGAAGGAGAGUCGUGGACAUGCAAACUCGAAAUUAGAUGGCGUCGGCCCAAGCCGAUCAUGUUGUACGUCUCGCUUGGAUAUUCGCCUCUCGGAAGUGAUAAUAAUAACAACAAGGUUCAUGUUCAUCGGAAUCUUGAGAUUGAAGGAAAGAACCCGGUUUUAAUUAGUCAUCGGUUCAUGCUUCCUUUCCGAAAAGACCCUUUACUUCUAUCAACCAUAAAAUCAAACCCUGAUCAAAUUCCGCCUCCUACAUUGCCUUUGAAUGAAACGAGCAUACUUGUUAUAACCGCCAAAAAUGUAACCGAGGUCCCGCUUCGUUUGCUAUCCAUGUCAAUCAAACGAGACGACAACGAAAUCAAAAACGACAGCAACGUUUCAGGUUUUACCCUUUUACAAGGAGACGAGUUCAAAAAGAUAUUCACCGUCAUUCCCGAACAUAACCAACCGAAACUCAAAACGGGCACUUUACAUCUGUCAUGGAAAAGAGAUGCAACAACAGCCGGUGAGGAAGUCGUGCUAACUGAACAUAAGCUUCCGGAAGUUGACAUAGAGUUACCUCCGAUAGUUGUGCAACUGGAAUGUCCUCCUCAUGCAAUCCUCGGGAAUCAUUUUACAUAUUUCAUCAAAAUCAAGAACCAAACGCAAUUGCUUCAAGAGAUUAAGUAUUCGUUGGCUGAUUCACAGAGUUUUGUUUUGUCGGGUACUCAUAACGAUAUUCUAUAUGUGUUGCCGAAAUCUGAGCAUACUCUUAGUUAUAAGCUUGUACCCUUAGUUCCUGGCUUUCAACAGUUGCCGAGAUUUACUGCAACGUCGUUGAGAUACUCUGCAGGAUUCCAAUCGUCGAAUACUGCAACGUCGGUUUUCGUUUUUCCAUCUGUCCCGCAUUUUCUGAAAGAGAAGGAAGGGAAGCUGGGGCUGAUUGAAGAACAUUGAUCAUAUUGGAUUGUUGGUGAGUGUAUUAAUUUUAUUUUAUUUUUCAGCCAAAGCUCUUUAUUAUGAUUAUCUAUGUAAGAUUGUAAGUUCAAUUUUUUGUCACUUUUGGGACUGAUAAUAAAAUGUGCCUUUUAACUAAGAUCCUUAUUUAAGGUACC